AUGACAGAAGAAUGCUUAAAUGAUAUAAAUGACAAUAAAGAUAAUAAUGAAACAGUUAAAGAAACUUCUAAUACAGAAAUAGAUUUAUUAUUACCAAAAGAAGAAAGUAUAUCACCAUCACCACCAUCACCACCACCAAAUCCUAUACCACCAGAUGAUGAAGAUAAAGAAUUUAGUACAGAAAAGUCAGUUAUAGAAAAACAAAAUGAUAAUAUUUCAAAUCCAUCGGAAGUUAAUAAAAAACCUUCAACAACUCCAUCUGCAGUUCCUUCUGUUAGAUUAAAUCAAUCAUUAGCAUCAGAUCCUGCAUUAAAACCGAAUGCUAAAGACUUAAAAUAUAUUUAUGAUGAAGCAACGAAAAAUGAAGAAACAAAUUUAGAAUCUAUUUCAGAAAAUAGUGAUGUUAAUUUUAAUGCUCUCUCAACAACACCUAAUAUUUCUCAACGAGUUAAAGUUUUUAUGUGUAUACCAUGUGGAAUAGGAUUUUCAUCAUUAUCAACAUUAGAAGCUCAUCAGUCAUAUUAUUGCUCUCAUAGACAAGAAUUCGAUGAAGAUAGUUCCCCAGCAAUUGGAAUUGAUAGUAAUUCAAUUGGUGAACCAGUAGGAAAAUCAGUUAAAACUGGAAAACUUUACACUUGUUCCCAAUGUUCUUAUAGUGCCGAUAAAAAAGUCUCAUUAAAUAGGCAUAUGAGAAUACAUCAAGCAUCUCCAGCAGCAAGUUCCAAUGCCUCAAACGGAGAUGAUAAUUCUAGUCAGCAAAUUGGUCGUUAUUGCUCUGAUUGUGAUAUUAAAUUUUCUAAUGCAAAAACAUACCGUGCUCACAAACAACACUAUUGCAAUUCUCGACGAAGUGAGGAAUUAGCGGCAUUAAGAAUUGAUUCACAGAGCCGUCCUCAAUCAACAAGUCCUCAAUCAAAAUCUAAAAGUCCAGAUGCAAUUAAUAAUCACCAACCGAUUUUAGCUUUACCAACAAAUCCAAUCGUAUUAAUUCCUUAUGGUUUAAUCGGUGGUGCCAAUAUUAUAUCUAGUCCACUAACAAGUCUUUCAGCUGAUGCUGCAAAACUGGAUGCAUGCUAUAUGCUUGAGAACGGGUCGUUAAAGGUCAUUGCCAAAGCAUUACCAAACCGUCAUUUAUUAAGUAAUUUACUAACAAAUUCGAAUCCAGCACAGCGAGUAAAUACUCCAUUGGACAUUGUUGAUCCUGUAAUCAAAGACGAUGUACUAAAAAAACUGAAAAAAGAUUUUGCAAAUAAAGACACCAUUCCAUUAGAUUUAUCGGUGGGAAAAACACCUUUAAAACGACCAUCUACGGAUUUGAUUUUAAAUGAAACGUUAGAAGGAAAAGAAAACCUCUCAAACAAUAGUGGCACAUCAACGCCUGAACAACUAAUAUGCGCACCUUCUUUGCCUAGCAGUCCAUGUUCGUCACCAAAACGACGUAUUUUAAGUCCUAAAAGUGAUAUUUUUUCAACUUCUCCAAUUCUUAACUCUUUAGAAUAUUUAGGGUCUAAACGUGCUUCAGAUGUAGCAUUUAAACUUGCAGAAUUAAAUGUUGUUCCUAAUAAUACAUUAAAACAAAAUAUUAAAUAUUUAGUAGAAAAAUCUAAUUCAACGAGAAGAUCUGAACUUUCAGCAACUAAUCCAAAUGCAAACAUUCCGUCAGGUGCUUCAACAUCGUCAGCUGCGUCAAUCGUAAGCGCUGCUGCCUCACCUCAAAUAUAUGUAAAACAAGGUGCAUCAAAAUGUAAGGAGUGUAAUAUUGUGUUUUGUAAAUAUGAAAAUUAUUUAGCACAUAAACAACAUUACUGUUCGGCAAGAAAUCACGAGGAAAUAACCGAGCAGCAACAGAAAAUGAAUACGCAAUUUUCAAGCUCUGCAAACUCCUUAAAUUCAUCUCAAACAGUUGCGCCUACGAAUGUUGCAUAUCAACAAUUAAUAUGUGCGGCGUGCGGAAUUAAGUACACAUCUUUGGAUAAUCUAAGAGCGCAUCAAUCUUAUUAUUGUCCAAAAGCUAAAGAGCCCGCACCAGUUAAUGUUGCACCAGCUGCCUCACAGCAUGGAAAUUUAGAGGCGGAAAGAUGUGAGAAAUGUAAUGAAAUUCAUGAAUUCCCUGGGAAAUGUUCCGAAAUUAUUACAUCUCAAAAUGUGUUCAAAUGUCCAGUUUGUGGUAUACUUAGUGCAAAUGCUGCCGAAAAUAGAAAACAUCUGGAAGGUCAUAAUAGCGUAAAAGCGUUUCGUUGUUCUGUAUGUCGCUAUAAAGGAAAUACUUUAAGGGGAAUGCGCACACAUAUUCGAAUGCACUUUGAAAAGAAAUCUGCUGAUUUUAGUGAGGAAAGAUUUAUGUCCUGUAUAUUAGAAGAAGAUGUCAACGAAACUGAAAUAAAUACGAACUCUGAAGAUGUCGAACAAAACUCAAAUCAAAUUCAAUGUGAUUUAUGUUCAUAUUCUUCACCGUAUAAAGGCAAUGUGAUAAGACAUAUUAAAAUAGCUCAUUCUCAAAGUGAAACCACUCCUAGCGAACCGUCUUCAGAUUUCCAGACAGAUUUUGAGGUUAAAGAUGAUAUUCCAAAAGUUGAACCAAUUGAAGAUAUCAAUGUAUCCGAUCAACCUUCGAAAAUCGAUGGUAAUAUGUCUGGUACUGCAGCAGCAGCAAAUUCAAUUUCCGAUGAUUCAAUAACACCGUUAGUUCUAUCUGAUUCACCACCUGAAAUAUUAGAUGAUAACAAUUUAGAUAAACACGCCAAUGAGAAAUAUUGUGAAGCGUGUGAUAUUAGGUUUAAUUAUAUGAAGACUUAUAUUGCUCAUAAAAGAUUUUACUGUAAAAGUCAACAAAAAGAAAAUAGUUCAAUACAGAAUUUUCCCUUAAUAGGUAAAAAUAAGGAAAAUGUUGAAACAAAAUCUUAAAAUUUAAAUUUUAAAAUAAAUUUUAUUUAAUAUAUUUCUUAAAAUAAUAAUAUCGUAUAAAAGUAAUAAAAAUAAUAUGUAAUUUUUUUUUUCUUUAUUUAAAUUAAAUAAUUAUAAAGUGAAUAAUUAGAAUUGAAAAUUAUGAAAUUCAGAAAGACAAAUAAUAGUUAAAUAUAGUAUUAGCUAAGAAAUUUAACCAAAAGACUUGUAAUUUAAAACAAGUAAUAAAGCUAAAUUAAAACAAAAAAUUACUUAAUUAAACAAAAAUAAUGUGGUUUUAUUUAAAGAAUAUGGUGUAAAAAAUCUCAAUAGUUUCUCGUUAAGUAUCCGAAAUAGUUAACAUAUUUCAAAUUCGAACAAAAUGCGUUCAUGGAACUCGUUCAUUUAGUUUAAACCCAAGUAAAACAAAAAUACACAUUUUUAAAUUUCUAAGACAUUUUUUUUUUUAUUAUAGA